GAGGGAAUACCUUAAUCUCGAGAUGUGAUUGGAGGGUACCGUUUCAUGAAGAUAGCUUUAUCAGUUGACGACAUGAUCGUGAGCAACUCCCCAUGCUACUUGCUGACUUUGCAACCCAUAGAUGGAGCAAGGCGUUUGAAAAUACCACAUUGGAAUCCUUCAACAGUAGCAAGCCUCGAGCAAGUUUUGAGCGAGUCAAGCCAGUCAGCCAUUGGAGAGAACUCAUGCCAUGAGCAAUCUUCUGUUCAAAUUGUUGACCCUUUUUAGGCAACCAUAAGCACCUACAUGUAUGACCACGGCACAGCAUGAGUCGUCUAUAAUAUAAGUCCACUGAAGUCUGAAAAGAGCAUUCUACUCUUUUACCCUUCCCUACCCCUCUCUCUUCCACUAUCCUUCCCACACUUUAUCACGCAGCACUGAUAUGGGAAUUUGUCUCUCAAGGAUAUCACCAACGAACAUCAAAACCUCAAACCCAAUAACCCACAGUUCAGCCAUGGAUAACCAGACCAGGAACAGCCACUUUACCUUUGACUUUUCCACUCCUGCCAUCGAUCUAGGCUUGCAACUCCCCACUGCGCCUCCAACAAACAUCCAUCUCAAACCCACCCCUCCCCGCCUCCAACUUCUCUCUCCAUUCUACUCCGGAAUCCUCCCAGCCGAAAUCCGCACCUUGAUCUUCUCCUACGUUCUCACUCCUACUCCAAUCCCAAACACAGCUUACGACCCCAACACCAAUUACGCGCGCCCAGGCUUCACCUGCCGCACCCAACUACACCUUUCCCUCCUCCGAACAUGUCGACGUAUCUACCUCGAAACCUACCACCUCCCACCCACAUCCAUCCCCCACGUAUUCUGGCACGCGCGACACCCCCCCUCUACUAAACCACCCCGCAGCGAACACUCCUAUUUCCCACGUCUCCGCGAUCACCAGCUCGCGCAUCUCCGCUCUAUCCAUCUACACACCCAACUCUACUGGCUCCAAGAUUUCCUGCGCCCCCUCACUUCCGCACAAUAUCUCCAAACCAUCACGCAUCUCAAACUCACCAUCCGCCGCGGCGACUGGUGGUGGAACGAGCGAAACGAAGCUCUAGCCAUCAAUCCCUACCGCGGAGACGCCGACAUCCACAGCAUGCGCGGAGAUAUGGAGCGGUCGCGCCGCGGCGAAGCGCCCGCAUGGCAAGCGGGGAAAUGGGGCGCUUCGCUUGCGGGAUUCCCGCAGCUCGCGGUGCUCGAGAUGGAAUUCGAGACCAGCGAGGAGAAGCGAGAGGAAUUGAAAGUGAUCGUGGAGUGGGCCCGGACGUGGGAAUUCCCCAUGGGAAAAAGAGGGGUGUUGAGUACGCGUAAACAUACAAAUGCGCGUGCUGGGGAUGAAAUGCAGCAAGGUGAGUUGGGGGAUGUGAAGACGUGGGAGUGGAGAGGGAAGCCGGUUCAUUGGAGCGACGUCUGUCCGUAUUGUGUGGGGAAUGCUUGUCUUCGAACGGAGCCUGCGAAAGGGGCGAAUGGGGAUAAGUGUCGGGAGAGAAAAAGUUUGAUGGAGAACGGAGAAGGUCCGAUGUUGGUUGUUAUGGAGGUGAAAUGGAAAUUGAGAGGUCAUCCGGUGGGAGAACAGAGUGGGUUGGUUGAAGGAGAGGGGGGUGAGGAGAUAGUGGAUUUGGAUAUGGAUAGUGACGAUGAAGAUGAGAUGGACUGGGGAGAGGAGGACGAGGAUUAAAUGAUGAAAAUAGGGGUAGUGGUGAUAGUUGGAGUGAGUCUUCAUAACCCUAUCAAUGUCCAUGGAAGUCUCCUAGGAUGAGUGUCUCUUUCAAUGAACAGUAAGAUAGGAAUAUCUCUGUAGGGAAGAGAGGCAUGAGACAUGGCUGAGAUACUCCAUCAAGAACAAUGACGAGCGAGG